AUGGCUAAAGAAGUGUUUAGGACGAAAUAUUUGGUUUUUCAAAUUUACAACCGCCUGCAGUGUUUAAGUGGACUAAAUUGCGUGUCAGCAGAAAUGGGGACACUUCUAAACAACGUGACGCAGUAUUACACCUACGUUAAUGAUGAACUUGCAGAUCCGCGGACAAAUAAAUUCUGGCUGGUGGCCAAUCCAAUACCCAUCCUCACAAUUAUGUUCUUAUAUCAUCGGUUUGUUAAAGUAUGGGGACCAGCAUACAUGGCCAAUCGAAAACCCUACAACUUAAAAUGGCUUAUUGUAGCUUAUAAUGUAGUACAGAUUGUUCUCUGCGCGCAUAUGGCUUUUCAGUGCAUCACAUGGUUAUAUCUCCCGGGAUAUUACAGUUUGUGGUGUCAGAAAAUCAACUAUGAGGACAACGAAGUGGAACGACUAAUCAUCAGCCGAGUGUGGCUUUACUAUUUUAUUAAAAUCAUGGAUUUACUUGACACUGUAUUCUUUAUCCUACGUAAGAAGUUCUCUCAAGUAUCAUUCUUGCACGUGUAUCAUCAUCUGGGUAUGUGCCUUCUCGGGUACAUUGGAACCAAAUAUGUCCCAGGUGGUCAUGGAAUUAUGCUGGGUUUCAUAAACUCGGCGGUACAUGCUGUAAUGUACACUUACUACCUCAUCUCCAUAACAAAACCGCAGUGGGUAAAAGGAUGGUGGAAGAAAUACAUUACUCAAUUGCAAAUCUUGCAGUUCCUUCUUCUGAUUCUACAUUUCGGACAUAUCAUCUUCGAACCAUCCUGUGGUUACCCUAAAUGGGUCUCUUUCAUGUUUUUACCACACAACGUGUUUAUUUUAUUCCUCUUUUCUGAUUUCUACAUAAAGGAAUACAUAUUGAAGAAAAGAAAAUAA